AUGACAGCUUUCUGCUGGACAACAUUCGCUCUCAGCAUUCUCUUGUCUAUUUUGAGAAAUGCUUGUGGUCAUUCACCCAUCACGAUUGAAUACGUAGAAACAACAUAUCAUGGGAAAUUUUCAAACCUGACAGUUGCUCAUUUUGUAGGAAGGUCUGGAGAACCUGGGAUAUGGGAAUUCAUGGACACGAUCACACCGAGGAAUCCGGACGGUAUAAACGGAGUCCAUGUAAUAGCCCGACUGAGAAGUCAAGGUCAAUUUUACUUCGUAUUUAUCAAGCAAUACAGAAUCCCUUCAAGAAGCUGGACACUCGAAUUUCCCGGAGGUGUUCAAGAGGCGGACGAGAGUUCAACAGAAGCUGGAAUUCGUGAGCUUAGAGAGGAGACUGGAUAUGUCGCAACAAAAAUAGUGUUCAGUUCCACUGGCAGACAAGCCAGCAUGCCUUCACGGCUCAACGAUGCAGCACGGCAUGUGGUUGUUGAGAUCGAUAAAGAGCCAGGAAAUAACUUGGAUCCACAACAAUUUCUUGACGAUGCUGAGAUGGCUGAGGUGGUUCUUAUAGAAGAAUCGAAACUUCUGGCGACAGUACAGCAACUCGAAAAAGAGCUUGACAUCGCCAGUAACGUCUACACAUUCGCUUUAGGCUACUCUAUGAGAAACUUGUAG